UUCAUAUUCGGUCUCUCCCUUGGCAAAGAGCAAACUGGCAAUGAACAACAGGGUUUUGGAGUCUGCCAUAGCUGUAAUGUGGGUGGUGGUACUGUUCUCCCAUCCGACCAAUAUUUCAUCAAGGUCCGAUUCCCUCGUGAUGGAUGCAGCUACGCUUUUAAAGAAGCGCCGAAGGCCGUUUACGAUCGGUUCCCCAACGCAAAGGGGCGUGAAAAGGGCCUCACGAUCAUCCGGGUCAGUCUCACAGAGGAAGCCCGUGUCACAGUCGAUGGUUUCGGCAUGCCCUUUGCCAACGCGGAGGACUCUGAACUGGAAGAUUGGAUUAAUGGAAAUAAGCCAAUCGUCGAAAACCUCACCCUUCUAGAUGUUCUUGGGCAAAGAACAUUCUACUUCGUCAUCAGCGUGCCUGUUACCGUUGCCAUGAAUAGGUUCUCUCCAGAUAAGCUGCCACCGCCCUAUGUCUCUCCGUAUGGCACCGACCAAGAGUGGGAUGUGGACAAGUUCAAGGGCUUGAUCAAAGUCAAUAAGGGCCACCAGUUCGAGGCGGCCUAUUGCCACGAUGACGACAACCACCACAUGACUGCUGUGAAUCAGAAUAAUGUGCAAGAUGUCAUGUGGCUUGACGAUGAAGCUAUCCAGAUCGCAGCGACCAAAUUUCCCGCCUACUUCGUUCGCCCUGACUCUGGAGCUCCCACGGCCGACACUAAACGCUUCUUCGUCGUUGUCGCCAUGCGAGAUGGGUUUACAAAGGAGCAUGAAUCAGCCUGGCGUCGCCUAAGCAAGGGAGAGUCCUUCUUGCUCCAUCUUUAUGACAAUGCGGAAAACGCUGAGCCGGACGCCAAAUGGCAAUGCAAGAUUAUCGACCAUCCAGCUACGGUCCCUGUUCUAGAACGUCACAAGACCGAAUCGCACGAGCUGGUUCUCCUCGUCCGUCGGCCACAGCAAGCAGCCAUGAAUCCAGACUACAUCGUAAAGGAUAGGAUGGAGCUACACCGAGCUCUCGUGCGUGGCAAUGGCUUCUACGAGUGGAUGACGAAGAAAGAUGCGCCAAAAUCCAUCGCCGACGACAUGUCGUCUUUGUCUGUGGCCGAUACCGGUGUCACUUAUCGUCCGUUGCCCUCCGUCAAUUUCCUGGACUUUAACGAUGAUGCCCGUGCCGAAGCCAUUGUCAACGAAGCACUUCCCCAUGAUCGUGAGCGUUUCCGUGGAUACUUGAGCAACCGCCCUCUUGGACUUGGUAUAAUCGCAGCCAAGUUUCGCCGAGUCCUAUGCUCUGCGCCGACCCACGUCGCGGUAGACAACUUUGCCGCUCGUUUGGACAAGAGAACACGCGCCAUGGCCGAAGCUUGCAACCGAGGCAAGGAGCAGAACGAUCCAAGCCGCUAUCGCCAUCGCGUUGUCAUCAGAGCGUACAAGCCAAACGCCGAGGUGGGUGCCUUCAAUGCCUUGCUCAAAGACCCAACCCUAGGCGAUGAGGCAGCUCCAAAGGCAUGGGGAUACUCUUCUCGAUGGACUCUUCAUCUUUCUUUGGCUUUCUGGCUCUUGGCAAUCUUGGGCUCUCCCGCAGUCAGAGAGCUGCACCCAGACGAUGAUGAGUGCCUAUGGGACCUACGCCGGAAGAUUGACCAAGUAUUGCCACUCAAACGCUUGCGUGAUGUUGCCACCGGAGUCACCACCUGGGAGCAGUACGAACAGGAGGGCUUGGUCUCGGACAAGUCAAUUCAGUACUAUAUGUUCCGUCUCUUGCAAUACGCCCAUAUGCUCUGCACAACGCCCGCCGCAACUGAGAAUGUUAGUGAGUAUCGAGAUUGGAAAAAUCAAACUGCUCGCGGCGUUGCAGUGGAUGAGGCGGCCAACAUGAACCGGGCGGACCUCUACUGUGUCUGGGGCAAUACUCUCUCGCCGUGCUUCCUUUUUGGCGACCCCAAGCAGCUGCCUCCAACCGUCAUGACGACCAAUGAGAAAGAUAGUGCCGGCAACUUUCUCAACCGCUUCGCAAAAAGUGGCUCCAUCUCGGCUUUGCUUUUCUUCCAGGCAAUUGGCAUCCCGGUGUAUCGC